AUGACGAUGUGCACAGUGCAUCCACUACAUCUUCCCGUUGCACCACCUCUGCACUCUUCACAUGAGGGUAAAGCACGCGGGCAAUCAGUGAUCAAAAAUAUGCAAGACGAUGCACUACACUACUUGAUUGCAGAGAAUGAGUCAUCUGUUGCCAACAUUCCACCUAGCCACUCUGUACAUCUUACAUUCAUGCUGAAUGCACGAGUGCAAGAUGUGUCGUGCAUUCAGCAUGAAUGCACGGAUACAAGAUCUAAUCAACCAGCAAAUAGCAAUAUUAAUGAGAAAGAUAGAGAGUGCAGGACAGGGGGACAAAGAGAAAAUAAUGCAAUUCGUGGGGACCGUAUAGUAAUAUCUCAACGGGUGAAAAUGAUGUUGGCGUCGGUGGAAACAAUGCAGGGACGGGGACCAUAUCAUUAG